CUGUGAGAAUCGGACGGGCUGGAGGACCAGAGGGGAAGAGCUGUCGGCGGUUCGCCUGCCGCCUUGGAGCUGGCACCCCAGUCCCGAAUCCGUGGUUUCCCUCUCAUCUGUUGGAGAACCUCCGUGGUGGUACCAAGUUCUGCACAUGACUUAAAGAAUAAGAAGGUCAGAGGGAAUGCCAGUGCAGAAGAGGACCCAGCAUGACUGCUAACCUAUGACUCCUAACAGUAUGACAGAAAAUGGCCUUCCAGCCUGGGACAAACAGAAGCCCCGUCCAGACCGAGGCCAGGACUGGAAGCUGGUAGGAAUGUCUGAAGCCUGCCUGCACAGGAAGAGCCAUGUGGAGAGGCGUGGUGCACUGAAGAAUGAGCAGACAUCCCCACACCUCAUCCAGGCCACUUGGACGAGCUCUAUAUUCCAUCUGGAUCCUGACGAUGUGAACGAUCAGAGCGUCUCAAGUGCCCAGACUUUCCAGACUGAAGAGAAGAAAUGUAAAGGGUAUAUCCCCAGCUAUUUAGACAAGGAUGAGCUCUGUGUAGUGUGUGGGGACAAAGCCACAGGGUACCACUAUCGCUGCAUCACCUGUGAAGGCUGCAAGGGCUUCUUUAGAAGAACCAUUCAGAAAAGUCUCCAUCCGUCUUACUCCUGUAAAUAUGAAGGAAAGUGCAUCAUAGACAAAGUCACCCGCAACCAGUGCCAGGAAUGCCGCUUUAAGAAAUGCAUCUAUGUUGGCAUGGCAACAGACUUGGUGCUGGACGACAGCAAGAGGCUAGCCAAGCGGAAGCUGAUAGAGGAGAACCGUGAGAAGAGGCGGCGGGAAGAGCUACAGAAAUCAAUUGGACACAAGCCAGAGCCCACGGAUGAGGAAUGGGAGCUCAUCAAGACAGUCACCGAGGCCCACGUGGCCACCAAUGCCCAGGGCAGCCACUGGAAGCAGAAGCGGAAAUUUCUGCCGGAAGACAUUGGACAAGCACCCAUUGUGAACGCCCCAGAAGGUGGCAAGGUUGACCUGGAAGCCUUCAGCCAUUUUACAAAAAUCAUCACACCAGCAAUCACCAGAGUGGUGGAUUUUGCCAAAAAGUUGCCCAUGUUUUGUGAGCUGCCGUGUGAAGACCAGAUCAUCCUCCUCAAAGGCUGCUGCAUGGAGAUCAUGUCCCUCCGAGCUGCUGUGCGAUAUGACCCAGACAGCGAGACUCUAACCUUGAAUGGGGAAAUGGCAGUGACACGGGGCCAGCUGAAAAACGGGGGUCUUGGGGUGGUGUCAGAUGCCAUCUUUGACCUGGGCAUGUCUCUGUCAUCUUUCAACCUGGAUGACACGGAAGUUGCCCUGCUUCAGGCCGUCCUGCUGAUGUCUUCAGAUCGCCCAGGGCUAGCCUGUGUUGAGAGAAUUGAGAAAUACCAAGACAGUUUCCUGUUGGCCUUUGAACACUAUAUCAAUUACCGGAAGCACCAUGUGACACACUUUUGGCCCAAACUCCUGAUGAAGGUGACAGACCUGCGGAUGAUUGGAGCCUGCCAUGCCAGCCGCUUCCUCCACAUGAAGGUGGAGUGCCCCACGGAGCUCUUCCCGCCUCUGUUCUUGGAAGUAUUCGAGGACUAAAUGGACUGGACAGGUUCUUGUCAUUCCUGCUGCACGACUGGUGUCAUUGCAUUCCACCUGUAGCUUUCUGUUGUUGUUUCUUCAUUUCUUUGUGUCGAGUGAGAUCAUCAGAGGGUCGGCGGGUCGUCAAUGGCAUAGACUUGGAUGAAAUGGUCCUUUGAGUGUGGGUCUUUGUCACCAUUGCGUUUUGUUCUCCAGUCCUUAGUGUGAUUGCUUUGAAGGGUUUACAGCAGUGCAGGCUGAGUGGGGGACAAUCAUUAUUUCACCAGCACCAAGUCAUCACCAGCUCCCAUCUGUCCCUGGGCAGACACAAGCAAGCCAACUGGCAUUACAGAAGACUAAAGAAGCCUUAAAACCGCGACCACAGUCAUCUUGAUCCAACGAGAUCCAGUUCUGAUGUUUGCAAGGUGAAGCUUGGCAGAGCUCAAGCUGCCUCAGGUCAAGCGUGGCUUUCAUCAUGUAAGGGAAGAAGGAGCAGUUUCUACUCAGGAGCUCACUGUUUCCAGCACCUUUACUCUCUAAGUAGCCUGACUUGGAAUGGGCAGGAAUAUCCACACUAUAGGAAUCAUCUUUCCUUUCCGAGGCCUUUUGUGACCUUGUGAUUUACUUCAAGUUGCACAAGAGUAUGUCUUGAAAACAUGCACCUGUCAUGACUGAUUUGAGGCCACAAGGAAGGUCUUUUUUUCAGUAUGCCCGUAGAGCUUGGAAAUCUUCAUCAUUGUUACAGCAUAGUUUCCAAAAUGCACGUGGUGCUACCUCAAGCAGGAAGGCACCUUUACAGCUUAGAUAGAUUCACAAGCCAUUCCCACAAAGCUCAAACCUGUUUACAGAGUGCUGUCCCUUUUUGAUGGCCUAGGAACCAGGCCUCUCCCUGGCUUGGCUCACAGAGGUCUUAUCCAGGCUGUGUCUGUUGAGCUGAUAAUGUUUCCCUGUAGGUUGUAUCUUCCAAUCGGAGAGAGACAAGUUGAAAUUCCAGUCUUGUUUGGAAAAAAUCAGUGCAGGAACAAUCAGAUUCAAAGGAAAAAAACUACUCAUGGUGUAGGCUAUCUGAUUAGGGAGACUGCUCCCCCUGGAACAGCAAGACUACUUAGUAUUCACAAAUGUCUCCCAGUCCCAUCCCUGUCUCCCAACUCCACCCCCGUGGCCCCCCACCUCCCCAGAUUCUGAGGCACUAAAUACUCUCUCUCUCUCUCUCUCUCUCUCUCUCUCUCUCUCUCUCUCUCUCUCUCCCUCCC